AUGGCAGGACCCAAGGUGCACAAUGGCACUUCCAGUGGCCCAGCAGUCAAGCGCCCAAGAAUAGAGAGCGAUACCCCCGCCAAAAGCUCUGCGCAAUCUGUCGUCCGCCAGUCCAAAAUCUUCGCGCCGUUCCGUACUGUAGGUCUCGUUUCGCCUACCAGCGUCCCUUUCACCUCGCUCCCCCUCGGAAAGACGACGUUCCAAUUCACAACCUCGGUCGGCCGCUCGCUGCAAACAUACGACUUGAAGCGCGGACUGAAUCUGGUCUUCAUCACGCGCCCACAGACGCCAGAAGACAUUACUGCGACGCUGGCAUGGAAAAAGGUCGUCUUCGCAGCCUGGUCUGGCGACAGAAGCGGCAGUGUGUCUGGCGUUUGGGUCUUUCAGCGCGGCAAAAAGGUGGCGGAGCUCGAGGUGCCUCCUGGCGUCAACGAGAGAAUUACACGCCUCCUCGUGCUAGGAGAAUGGAUAGUCGGAUGUGGCGUAACCAAGCUCCAGGUAUGGAGGACGGCCACGCUUGAACACUACACUACCCUUCAGGGCGCCUCUGCCUGCCCGCUGUCGGGAUGCGUCUGCACGAUGCCAACCUACCUGAACAAGAUCUUGGUAGGCCGAAGAGAUGGCUCGGUCGAGAUCUGGAACAUCAGCACCGGAAAGCUUCUCUACACGCUCCUUCCUCCCGCCGCAGACUUUGGUGCCGUGACUGCCCUGCAGCCAACGCCUGCCUUGUCUCUGCUUGCCAUUGCAUACGAAUCGGGUCCAGUGACAAUACACAACAUACGCACAGACAAGGAAGUAAUGCGCCUGAACACGGGUGGCUCGCAGAAGACUCCCAUCACCUCAAUCUCCUUCCGCACAGACGGACUCGGCGCGGGCGACGAUGGCCGUGAGGACGGUGUCAUGGCCACGGCGAGCAGAGAAAGUGGCGACAUCACAUUCUGGGAUCUCAACAAGGGUGGUCGCAAGACGGGCACCUUGCGAGGCGCUCACAGCCCGCCUCCUUCUACCAGUGGCGGUGUGGGUGGUGGUAUCAGCAAGGUCGAGUUUCUGGCUGGCCAAGCGGUCAUUGUCUCGAGCGGCCUGGACAAUGCUUUGAAAAGCUGGAUCUUCGAUGAAACUCCAUUUUCUCCCGUGCCGCGCAUCUUGCACUCACGUGGUGGCCAUGCUGCACCUGUUUCGGCACUUCGCUUCCUUCCUUCCAACGCAGACGGCUCAGACGAUACAGGCAAGUGGCUGUUGAGCGCGAGUAAAGAUCGAAGUCUUUGGGGCUGGAGUUUGCGGCGUGAUGGCCAGAGCACGGAGCUGAGCCAAGGUUCCAUUCAGAAGAAAGCGAAGAAAAUGGGGCUGCUCAAUGGUAACGCCAACGUCUCCAAGCACCACGCAAGGCUGGAAGAUCUCAAGGCUCCUGCCAUCACUUGCAUGGCCUGCUCUCUUAAUCGCGACGGCGGCAUGGGAGCUAACCCAGGUGUCGCUGGCAUUUGGAACAAUUCGUCAAAGGUCAAAGGGCAAGACAAAAAGGCAAUCGAAGCCAACAUGACUGGAUGGGAGAGUAUCGUCACAGGGCAUGCUGGAGACAAGACGGCGCGAACGUGGUAUUGGGGCCGUAAGCGGGCCGGCCGGUGGGCUUUUGAAACGGGCGACGGUACAGAAGUCAAGAGCGUCGCCAUCUCAGCUUGUGGCACUUUUGCCUUGAUUGGCUCAGCCGGUGGUUCCAUCGACAUGUACAACCUUCAGUCCGGACAGCUUCGACGACGAUUCCCAGCUCGGUUGACACCUGCCGAAGCAAAGAAACAUAAGCUGCUACAGCUCCAGGCACAGGAUGAAGGCCAUGCCGAAGAGAACGCUCCUCGAAGAUUUGCAAAGGGUGAGGGCAGACACAAAGGUGCUGUCACAGGUCUUGCUGUCGAUGGCUUGAACCGUACGCUCAUCAGCUGCUCUGAUGAUGGCAAGAUAAAGUUCUGGGAUUUUUUUACUGGUAAUCUACUGCACCAGAUCGACUGGUAUCCUAUGACCAAGGUUCUCGGUCUACGCUACCAUCGUAACAGUGACUUGGUAGCUCUGUCCUGCGAUGAUGGCUCGAUCAGAGUCCUGGACAUUACAACGAGGAAGCUUGUGCGUGAGCUUUGGGCGUUGAAAUCUCAUGCAGGGCAGGAGACGCUGGAUUACACUUUUUCAAACGACGGUCGUUGGAUUAUAUCUGCCGCUUCCGACUCUGCAAUCCGAGUAUGGGAUCUUCCCACGGGCCAUCUCAUUGAUGCGAUGAGGCUUCCCAAAAGGUGUAAUACUGUGGCAUUCUCUCCUUCUGGCGAGUUCCUUGCCACAGGUCUGGACGGUGAGGUGGGCGUCCACAUAUGGACCAAUCGAACACUCUUCACGCACGUGCCCACGCGUCAAAUAUCCGAAGAUGACAUUGCUAGUGUCACUGCGCCUACAGCAUCAGGUGAAGGAGGCAUUGCCGUUAUCGAAGCAGCCACCGAAGACCAGGCAGAGGCAGAAGAGCAGGAUGAGACUACCGUUCCUAUCAUGGAUCAACUUAGCGACAAGAUCACUACUCUGAGUCUAGUACCGAAAUCGCGCUGGCAAACGCUUCUUCACCUAGACGUCAUCCGCGUACGCAACAAGCCCAAGGAAGCACCGAAAGUGCCAGAGAAGGCACCUUUCUUCCUACCUUCAGUGGGCCAGAACCAAGUCUCGGGAACGGAUAGUACCGCACUCACGCCCGCACCACUUGAGAAAGAUCCAGCAUCUCGGAUCUCAAGUUCUGCGCUUGCAUCCCGUUCCAACACGGCGACUUCCGCGAGUGAAUUCACUCGUCUUUUGUCUCAAGCAGCUCGUACCACUUCAUACACUCCUCUCCUCACCUACCUCUCUUCCCUCCCACCAUCUGCUGCCGAUGUUGCCAUUCGGACUCUGAACGCCGAGGAGCCAUACACCGAGCUGCGUACAUUUAUAGAGGCGCUGUCAGCACGACUGAAGGAACGAAGGGACUACGAGCUUGUACAAGCGUGGAUGAGUGUUUUCCUGCGACUUCAUGGCGAUACAUUAGUCAAGGAUCAGAGCUUGAUAGAUGAGUUAAGGAAAUGGCAAGAGGAGGCAAAUCGCGAAAGGGAGAGAAUCGGUGGGCUGGUAGGGUAUAGUGUCGGUGUGGUCGGAUGGGUAAGGAGCGCGAGGUAA